AACCCCUUAACCCUCACGCAGCCUUCGAGGGGGUCAGUCUGACCCCACGAGACAAACUAUGAAACUUUUGAUUCUUUUUACGUUUUUGGCCACAAGGCACCUACGCGUCGCAGGAUCCGCUGCGGCUCGGUCACCGCUCCCUUCUUCUUCGUCACAGGCCCGUCCCGCAUCCUCCCGGGGUCCGGCGCGACCCCGGCCCACGGAACCUUCCCGUCAGGCGUCCUGCCGGGGUCCGGCGCGACCCCAGCUCCCUGUACCUCCCCGUCAGGUGUCCUCCCGGGGUCAGGCGCGACCCCAGCCCCAUGUACCUCCCCGUCCCGCAUCCUCCCGGGGUCAGGCGCGACCCCAGCUCCCUGUACCUCCCCGUCAGGCGUCCUCCCGGGGUCCGGCGCGACCCCGGCCCCAUGUACCUCCCCGUCCCUCAUCCUGCCGUGGUCCGGCGCGACCCCGGCCCCCUGUACCUCCCCGUCAGGCGUUCUCCCGGGGUCAGGCGCGACCCCGGCCCCAUGUACCUCCCCGUCCCGCGUCCUCCCGGGGUCAGGCGCGACCCCAGCUCCCUGUACCUCCCCGUCAGGCGUCCUCCCGGGGUCAGGCGCGACCCCGGCCCCAUGUACCUCCCCGUCCCGCGUCCUCCCGGGGUCAGGCGCGACCCCAGCUCCCUGUACCUCCCCGUCAGGCGUCCUCCCGGGGUCCGGCGCGACCCCGGCCCACGGAACCUCCUCGUCAGGCGUCCUGCCGGGGUCCGGCGCGACCCCAGCCCCCUGUACCUCCCCGUCCCGCGUCCUCCCGGGGUCAGGCGCGACCCCGGCCCCCUGUACCUCCCCGUCCCGCGUCCUCCCGGGGUCAGGCGCGACCCCGGCCCCCUGUACCUCCCGGUUCUCAGAGUAAUGGCUGUCUACAAGAAGACGCUGCAGACCAUCGCAGUCAUUUGAUCAGAGCGGAGGGCAGCCAAAGGCCUCAGUAUCUUGAGGAUUACAACAAAAAAAGGCACAGUGUGACUGUUCCCUAUGAGCCGCCCCAGCCGGGCUCAGAGAUCACCACAAUCCUGUUCAACUUCAUGUGCAACAGCUCCUGCAUGGGAGGCAUGAACCGCGGACCCAUCCUCACCAUCCUGACCCUUGAGACUUCAGACGGACAACUUUUGGGCCGAAGAUGCUUCGAGGUGCGUGUCUGCGCGUGUCCCGGCAGGGAUCGUAAAACAGAGGAGGCAAAUAGUGCCAAACUGCAGACAGGGGCCAAACAAGUGAAGAAAAGAAAAAGUGCCCCAGCAACAGAUCCUGAUAUGUGCAAAAGGAAGUCUGGCUCAAGCACAGACGAGGAGGAAGUAUUUAUGUUGCCAGUUAAAGGCCGUGAGCGCUAUAACAUGUUAAAAAAGAUAAAUGAUGCAUUAGAACUGGCUGAAAAAGAGGCUAAAAACAAAACCAGGGCUUCUAAGGAACUGCUGCCGUCCAGUGGAAAGCGCGUCUUGCAAACAGCAGAACGAAGCGACAGCGACUAGUUGCAAUCUGCCUUCUUUUAAACCGCCAUGUACGAGUUAUGUUCAGUGUUGCUUCCUGGCCAACAUCCCUCAGCAGGAGGCUGCACGAUCAUCGAGUUCAGAUGAACUGCGCGACCCCAGCCCCCCUGUACCUCCCCGUCCCUCGUCCUGCCGGGGGCCCGGCCGACCCCAGCCCACGGAACUUCCCCGUCCCUCGUCCUGCCGGGGUCCGGCGCGACCCCUGCCCACGGAACCUCCCCGUCCCUCGUCCUGCCGGGGUCCGGCGCGACCCCAGCCCCCUGUACCUCCCCGUCCCGCAUCCUCCCGGGGUCAGGCGCUACCCCAGCCCCUGUACCUACCCGUCAGGCGUCUUGCCGGGGUCCGGCGCGACCCCAUUUUUUUUGUUUUUUAUUUUUCCUUCUCCUUUCCUCCCUUUACCUCCACCCGUGCCACAGGCCCACUGAUGAUGAACAUGAUGAUGAUGACGACGAACAUGAUGAUGAUGAUGAUGAUGAUGAUGAUGAUGAUGAUGCAAGCAGACAGCUGCGUGCAAGGGCUGACCAUUUUAAACGAAAAAUAAAACAGACCAAACAGGCAAAAACAUUUGAUUAAAUGCCAAAAGUUUAUUUAAUAAUAUAAAACAGUUAUGAAAUAAAGGAGUACAAGGCG